UUUUCAAUUUUGUUUUCUUGGUUGUUACUAAGGCAACACAGUCGUUAAGCAUUUUCAAACUCCAAACAAUGAGAAUAUUAUCAGCACAGAGUAAAUUAUUGAUUAUAAAUGACAAUUUGCAUGUGUCGUUCAAAGGAGUUACUUGAGAAAAAGUUGUGCUGUGGGCUGGCCAGGCCAGUUGUUAUGAUCUGCGAUGGCCUCUUCAUUGCGAGAUUUUAUUUUAUACACAACUGAAAACUACUAUAGUUUGCCGAAAUUGAAGGUGGAUGAUAGAUCUGAACAGGCUCUGUCUGACUUCAUUCAUAGUUCACAGACAUUACUAUUGCAAGGUGUUAUGAACGGAAACUCUGCUACCUUUCACACUAAGAUAUGUAGUGAUAAUAGAAGCCAAUCAAUCAUAUUCUACAAAACCUCUGCCCAAGAUUUGACUGGAGAUAAUUCAGCAAAGAUAUUGAACAUCACAACAUUAUCAGCUAAUGUGGCAGAGACUUUGUAUCAAUCUUUGAAACAAAUAUACACACCUUUGUUGGCCACAUAUGAUGAUGUGUAUUCAAAUAAACUUCAAAAGAAUCUUUCGGAGCUGGAAUCUCAUCUGAGAAUCUUGUCACAUGGUAAAGGAGAAGGCAACAUAAAUGUAAUAUUGUCUGUUGAAGAUGAAGUAGAAUAUUGGAAAACAUUUGGCCGGAAGUGUGACAGCAGCAAUAAAGAGAGGGAGACAUCAUCUACAAUGUGCGAGAUAUUUGAAGAUGUUUGUGAUGAGAUACGGUCAAUGCAAUCCACUAAUAUGGCUGAUACUCGGGAGAUAGUGGAAAACAUAGGUGGUCUUUUAGACGACGUCUGGCGCUUUACUACAAUUCCAUACUCUCAAGAUAGAAUGAUACACAUUUUCGAUAUCAUUGGUCAUAACAUAUGCUCAAUCAUUCAAAAGGCUUGCUUCAAUUUGGAACUGUGGAAAGUAAACAACGGGAAUAAAGAAAAUAGUCUAAUACUAUUCCUAUCUGAAAGUUUAGCAGUGAUCCAAACUUGGAUCAGUGCAUGUGAAUCACUCACAGGCACAUACUGGCCUAAUUAUGCACUACAUGCAUGGAAUGGAAAAACCUACAUCCCGCCAUUUUGCGUUACGUUUCAAACACGAUUAAAACAGAUUUCCGAAAUAAGAUCUACUUACUGUCAACUAAACAAAUUAUUGACGAAUGCUGAAAAAACCGAAUUGAAGACUCACCAAUUAUUCGAACCUUUCGAGAAUAUCAAUGUUUGGGCGUGCAAUGGUCAGAAUAAUGUGUGGGCAGAAGCAGUGUCAAGGUUUUCGAUUGCGCUGCGUCCUGCUGAAACUAAAAUUGCCGAAAAGUUGAGACCAAGACUACAUAACACUUCGACAAGACAGAUGUUGUACGAGUUCAUACGUUACAAGUUGCUCAUAGAGCGACCAAUAGUGAAGCAAGCGCUCAACACUGAGUUGGAAAUAUUCGUGUCUUCUCUAACGUCGCUGGUGAAGAGCAUCCAAAACCAGUUGCAAGCGGACGAGAUGGACGUGCGCAUGUACCAGCCGCCGGAGAUGUCGCGCCUCGUGCAGCAGCUGCAGUGGGCCAAGCAGAUGGAAGCCAAGGUUAAAGACAUCCAACUAUGUGCUGAACAACAUCUGAAGGAAUUCGAAGGUAGCGUAGAGCUGUCGAAGCUAUCGGCACAAGUGCUGAAAGACCUGAAAGCAAUGUAUACUCAGCUACAUGAGGAGUGGUGCAGGGAUUUACAGGCCCAAGUGAAGAACGGAUCUCUGCAGCUGUCCAUGGACAAGCCAGUGGUGGAGUUUUCAUCAGAGAGUCGUCUUAUGGUGGUAAACUUCAACCCCCGGCUGGUGUGGUGGUCGCUGGAGGCGCGGGCGCUGGCGGCGCUGGGGCUGCCGCCGCCGCCCGCCGCCGCCGCGCUCGACGCGCUCAGCGCGGCGCUCGAGCACGCCAGCGCUCUGCAGCAGAUAGCGUCGUUCCACAACACUCUAGGUGAGCGCAUGAUCCCGUCGACGCGGCCAAUGAUGUUGCAAGCGGCGCUGGACUUGUCCACGCUGGUGCAGGACCAGAAGGCGGUCUACUGGGACGAUGUGGAACAGAUCGCCAACUACACCAACAAGCUGAAGACGCAAGUGCUCAAACUAGAGACACAGAAUUCAUAUUUGACCGGCCAACAUCUAGCUAUUAGAAAUAUUGUGGAAACACUCUUGGAUACAGAACUUAUAACACAACAAUCAGAAUGGAAGAAACUUAUAAAGGAUAUCAGAGACAUUAUAGAAAAUGUAGAGGCUAAUGGUUAUAAAAACACAGACGCGUGGAGAACUCAUUGGGACUGGCAAAUCUACAAGGUCCUCGAGUGUCAGUACAUCAAGACGUUACUCUCUUUGCAUAAACAUUUCCCACACGUCAAAGUAGACUUGGUACUUAGAGGGCAGUCCGUCCGUGUGCAACCACCACUGGAAGAAAUCCGAGUGUCGCACUACCACCAGCUGCGGCGGCUGUGUGCGCUGCCGGCGCACGUGGCUACGUUGCGCCGCGACGGCAGCGGAGAUCUUGACUUGGCGAAUAUCGUCCACAACCACAGCUGGCUGGCGAACAAAGCGGUGCAGCAGCUGGAAGCGACGCUGCGGUCGCUGCAGCAGACGAGCGCGCACUGGUCGCGGCGCGCGGCGCUGGCAUGCGCGCCCGCGCUGGCGCCGCUGUGCGCGCGGCUGGCGCUGCCGCACCACUGGGAGGACAACUUCAAGGCCUGCAAGGCGUAUGGCCAGGCUGUCGCUAAGAUGACCUUUGAAGACGAAAAAAUAGAAUGGAUAACAGUUGGCACAGCGUCCCUGCGCCGCGAACUGGAAUCGUCAUCGCGCGCUCUAUGGGCCAACCUCAUGUCGUCUCUGCAAGCGAGUUGUCGCUCAGACGCUUCGAAGUUGGACGAAUUUGUCGCGGCCGCGUCGCUGCUGUUGCGCGAUAAACAAAUGCCGAAGAACGCCAAGGAACUGUCAGAGUUGAGCGCGCAGCAACAAGCACUGCAAGCGAAUAUGCCUGAAAUUGAAAAAACCGUAGAAUGUCUGAAACGUAAAGGUCACAUGCUGCGCACGUGGGGCGGUGACGCGUCCAUCGACGGAUCUAUUCGCGAAUGGAACAAGACUCGCGACCUGAUGGCGAGUCAGCAGCAAAUGUUUGAACACCAGGCAGAAAUAGUGAAAACAGGUUUGAGCGGUGAAUGGGAGAACCUGAGCAACACAGUGGAAGCGUUCGCGUCGCGCUGGGAGCAGAACAAGACGCGGCUGUGGGACGCGGACGCGGACGCGGACGCGGACGGCGUGGAGUACGGCGCGGUGUCGCGGCGCUGUCGCUCCGUGCUGCUCGCUCUGCAGCGCUGGCGGACGCUGCUCGCUCACCGGGAACUCUUACUGCAAGAAUGCGAGAAAUUCAACAUGAAAAUAGAACCGUCAGCUGUCUGGGAAGAUGCUGAGAAACUUAUGAACGAGUAUGUGUCUCUUUGGACGCCUUUCAAGGAAUAUAGCGAGGAAUACGAGUCAAUAUCGGAGCAAGAGUGGAUAGUGUUCCAAAAAAAGUUGCAUUUAUUGGACGAGUUCGCGAACAAGUGGGCCGCGCGGCUCGACCCCUACACCGCCGUCACUCUCUUCAUACGACAGGAACUAGACAAGUUUGCUGACUUGACGCCCAUAUUGAAAUACCUCCGCGGCUCGGAGUUCACCGAAUUCCAUUGGCGCGAUGUCUUCAAUCUUUUGGAAAUGGAGUAUAAAAAGCCUGACACCCUGGUGUUGAGAGACUUGCUCGGCGUCGCGCCGAAUAUCAAGAAACAUGUGAAGGCGUUACAGAAAAUAAGCGCAAACGCUUCGAGUGAGGCGGCCAUCCGUAGUGCGCUGAACGACUUAGAGCUUUGGUUCGCGAGCGCUCGCGUCUCUAUAACCUACUACUCCGAUCACGACAAGCGACCCACGCCCAUCGUCAAAGACUUCAAAGAUAUUCUCGCUAAGAUCGAGGAGCAGCAGUGGAUAGUGUCGUCGGUGUCUGCGGGCGGCGCGGGCGCAGAGUGGGAGGCGCGCCUGCGCGCUGCGCGCGCGCUCGCCGCCGCCGCGCAUCAUGCGCAGCGCAGGUGGCUGUACUUAGAGCCAAUACUUUGCAACGAUGAAGGAGUAUUGGGUACAAAGUUCCGGAAAGUGGACCAAGGGUUCCGACAAGUAGCAAGAAUAUUCGAAGCAGAUCCAAGGCUCUCUGCCUUGCUGCAGUCCUCGAGACUCCAGUCUAUGUUGGAUUCUAUAUCGGAGCAACUUGUUUCUUGUCAAUCAGCGCUCAACCAGUAUAUCGAUGAGAAACGAAGUAUUUUCCCAAGGCUUUACUUUUUGAGUGACGAUGAUCUUCUAGAACUGCUAGGACAGGCCCGCGCGGGGGCUGAGGGGCGGGAGGUAGUCAUGCAGACACAUCUCAAGAAACUGUUCCCUGGCACCACGGGGGUGCGGCUGGGCCCUGGAGGCAUGUCGAUUACGGCACUUUGCAGCCACUUCGAUGAAACUUUCCAACUGGACCAUCCCGUUGAUAUUGAUUGCCCGGUUGAGAUAUGGUUAAAAAAUCUCGAAACCGAGAUGCGAUCGUCACUAAAAAACAUAACAUUGAAAUGCGUACUGACAAGUUCUGUACAAGAUCAAGAUCCGUUUUCGCUGCCUCCGCAAAUACUUUGUCUCGCACAGAACAUAAGAUUCACUGAGCAAGCAGAAAAAGCUAUAGCUUCUAAGGAUCUGCACAAAUUAAAAGCGAAUGUAGAAAAGGAAAAUUCUUAUUACGCUUCGACCGAGGCAGACGACGAGAGUGAACGACACAAAAGACAGGCUCUAAUAUUACAAUGCGCUUAUUAUAUAUCGGUCAUAGCCGCUCUGAUAGAGAAUAAUGUUGUGUCGACAAACGACUGGUUGUGGCAAAAACAGUUGAGGUUCUAUUUACUCAGUAACAAGGAAGUAGUAGCUAAAAUGGGUCUUGCCGAAAUAUCAUAUUCAUAUGAAUAUCUAGGAGUGAACACGGGACAGUUUGUAAGGACGGAAUUAGCUGACGAAUGCUUUCUUAUAUUGACACAGUCUCUCCAUUUGGGACUUGUUGGAAAUCCCUUCGGACCAGCCGGCACGGGAAAAACAGAAUCAGUCAAAGCUCUCGGUGGUUUAGUUGGACGACUUGUUCUAGUAUUCAACUGCGAUGAAGCAAUGGACGCCGAAUGCAUGGGUCGGCUGCUGAGUGGGCUGGCUCUCUGUGGGGCUUGGGGCUGCUUCGACGAGUUCAACCGGCUGGCGGCCGACACGCUGGCGGCGGUGUCACACCAGCUGGCGUGCUUGUUGCCAGCCAUGCAGCGCAGUGUUGCUGGCAGGCCCGCCACCGCUCUACUCAACGGAAAACAAGUGGAGGUGAACGCAUGGUGCGGCGUGGCGGCUACGAUGAACCCAGCUGGGCGGGGCUACGGCGGGCGACGGCAGCUGUCGGCGGCGCUGCAGCGGGCGCUGCGCCCGGUCGCGAUGUCCGCCCCCGCGCCCCGGCCCCUCGCCGCCAGUCUGCUGCGCGCGCGCGCUCUGCCUGACGCUGAGGAGCUCGCCAGUCUGCUGUGCGACGUGUUCUCUCUGGCCAGUGAGUUAUUAAGCGGUCAGCGUCAUUACGACUGGGGCUUGCGCGCCCUGAAGGCAGCAGUGAACAGUUGCGGGGCGGCGCUGGCGGCGGCGCGGGGGGCGGGGCGAGCGGAGCAGAAGCUGCUGCUGCGGCGCCUGCUCGCGCUCAACAACGUGUCCAAGCUGAGUCCGCAUGAUGCUGAUAGGUUUGAAGAUAUUUUGUCGCUAGUCUUCGGCGAAUCAAAGGACGAAAAAAGUACUGAUGAUCCAUUAAAAAUUGCACUUGAACAAAGCGUCGAAACAUUGGGUCUACAACGUAAUGAAAUCCAGAUACAGAAAUGUAUUCAGUUAUAUGAACAAUUGCAACAACGGAUGGGAGUAGCGAUCGUCGGACCACCAGGGUCCGGCAAAACCACAAUUAGAAAACUAUUGAAGGCUGCCCUAACCCGUCAAGGCAGAACCAUUGUGGAGUACGUGAUCGGGCCUAAAGCGAUGAGUCGCGAUAGCCUCCUGGGUCAUAUUGACCGCGACACUCGCCAGUGGGCUGACGGCGUCAUCUCUGCAACGGCGCUCGAGAUUUCUAACCAAGCUGCUGCGGUGUGGUCAUGGGUGGUGUUAGACGGGGACAUAGACCCGGAAUGGGUGGAAGCACUGAACUCGGUUCUCGACGACAACAGACUGCUGACGCUGCCGUCGGGCGCGCGGCUGCAGCUGUCCACGGGCGUCAACUUCUUGUUCGAGACGCACGAGCUCAGCCACGCCUCGCCCGCCACCAUCUCCAGGCUCGGCAUUGUACUGCUCAGUGACAAAAACGGUUGUGCUGAGGAAGCAUUAGAAAGUAUUCUUCGAGGAAAAGACUUUGAAGAUGAUACAGUAAAGAUGGCUGUACCCCUUCUCCAACAAGUCGUCAAGAAAUGUUUGCAGUGGUUCGACUCACAUAGAUCUGAUGUUGUGCUCAAAAUAUGCAAUACUACCAUGGUGAAACAAAUGGUGACACAGUUUACGUUCGCCUCUCAAAAUUCUCCGUCGCCUGUUACUCCAGAAGAACUGGUACAAGUGGCUGUGCAGCGAAGCGUCGCUGGGUUAUUAAAGGCGAAAGCUGUUGAUUCCUUCUUUGACCAGGCUUGCUCUGACAUCGGCGGCACCGUAGGCAUGCAGGAUUCGAUUACUCGCGCCACGAUCUCCAUGGAAUCCUACACUUGGUACGGCGCAGUUCUGAUGUCGCCGCGACUGAGCGCUACCGAACCAAUACUACGAGCGGCAUUGGAUGUUGGACAACAUCUCAUCGUAGUUGGACCUCACGCUUGUGGGAAAAACUUAUUAAUUGAACAUGUGCUGAAAGAAACAGACUCUACUGUUAUUACGAUAACUUGUACUCCCAUCACAGAUCCGACGGAUAUCAUAGCAGAAUUGAAAAGACAUAACGUGGUGCGGACGGGGGCGGUGGCGGGGGGCGGGGCUCGCUGCGUGCUCGUGCUGCAGGCGCUGCACCGCGCCCUCGCCGACCACUGGGGCUCCCAGCCGCUGCUGCAGUUCCUGCUGCAGCUGAUCCAAAGCGGUGGUUUCUGGAGCGUGGGCGGCGUGGAGUCGGGAGCGGUGUGGUGCGGCGCGGCCGUGCGGCUGCUGGCCAGCGCCGGCGCUGCGCCCUCCGCGCCGCGGCUGGCCGCAUUGUCCACGCUCGUGUUGCCCGAACCUGAUGAUGAUGAACUAAUGGAAUUAACAAAAACUUCAUUGUUCAAUAAUAUUGAUAAGAACAUGAAAGAUAAAGAAAUAACGAGCCUCGUCCCCAAGAUUGUUGCUAUGUUUAAAGAAGUAACAGAGACGUUUCACUCUCGACCACAUUACAAGUGGGACACCUCACAUCUGAUGAGAUGGUGUGAGAAUGUAAAAUAUUACUCCCCUUCAAAUCUAGCUGAACUGUCAUUGGCUUUAAUUGCUGAAGCAAAUUCAAUCUUCAAAGACAGACUUGUAUCAGAUGAAGAGCGCAGCACUUUCGCUUCGAUAUGCAGGCAUCACCUGAAAGACAGUAGUGAUAUUAUGUAUUUUAACACGAAACAGCGCGACAACGGAGUAUACUUGGAUAUGACAGAUAGAGAAGAUUGGUACCAACGCACGCAGAAGAUUAUUAACCAGUGCCUAUCUGAAGAUGAAUUGGCGUUUGGUGCAAUCGGCGCUGAAGUGUGCUUGGAGCUAUCCGUAUUAUCUACGGCAAUGGCUAGAGCGACAAGCGGCGGCGUGGUGACGUGUGUGGGCAGCGCGGGCGCGGGCAGGCGCGCGGCCGCCAGGCUCGCGUGCGCGGCUCUGUCCGCGCACUUGUUUGUCAUCGAGUCCGCGCAACAAUUCUAUUUACAAUUUAAAAACGCGACGACGGUGGCUAGCGAAGGUCGUCGUGCGCUGGUGUUGGUGAGUGAGAGCUGCGCGGAGAGCGCCUCACUGUCGCGCAUCGAGGCGUUGCGCCGCGCUGUCGACCCGCGCGCCGCGCCGCUCGCGCCGCCGCAACUCUCCGCCGCCGCUUUACAGCAAAUAAAACAGUACUUAGGCAUUGUGAUAUGCCUGGACAAAAGCCAGGAAGACCUGUGGGACCUCAUGAAAAAGUUCCCAUGGCUACAUACGGAACACGUAGUGUGGACGGAGGGAUGGUGCCCGGACACUAUCCGGGAAAUGCCCGGACUCAUAAUCGAUAGAUUGAUGAAAGAAGAUGUUUCACAAAGCAAAGAGCAAUCAGACCCGGUACCCGUCGACGGUUUUGUAAACAUCUACAAGAGUAUAGAAAAUGAGGAGAUGCGUGCGCCGUACAAAUACGUGCGCUUCGUGAAAACAUACUAUCACAUAUUGAACAAGAAGAAACACGCGUUGUUGCAGAGGCAGACUAUACUGUCCGCAGGAGUAGAAGCACUGCGUCGUGCGCGGGCCUCUGUGGCGACAUUGCAAGAAGAGGCGGCUGCUCAAAGAAGCGCCCUGUCGCAGCGGCAAGCGGCGGCCGCCGCGGCGCUGGACCAGAUGGCCGCCACCGUGCGCCACGACUCCGCCAAGAAGGACGACAUGACCGCGCUGCGCGCUACCAUCACACGGGAGAACCACAACCUGCAGAUCAGGAAGAAAGAGAUAGAAGCCGAGCUAGCUUCAGUAGAGCCGGUAAUAGAGGCUGCUAGAUCGGCUGUCGGUGAUAUUAAGCCAGAAUCUUUGAGUGAGGUUCGUUCUUUGCGCGCUCCGCCGGAUGUAGUUCGCGAUAUUUUGGAAGGUGUUCUACGACUUAUGGGCAUUGCGGAUACGUCGUGGCACUCCAUGAAGAAUUUCCUUUCCAAACGAGGAGUCAAAGAAGACAUUAGAUGUCUAGAUGCGAGUCAGAUCAAGCCGGAAGCGGCGGCGGCGGUGAGCAAGCUGCUGGAGAAGCGCGGGCACUCGUUCGAGCCGAGCGUGGCCAAGCGCGCCAGCGCCGCCUGCGCGCCGCUGGCCGCCUGGGUGCGCGCCAACCUCGCCUACGCGGCCGCGCUCGCCAGGGUGCAGCCGCUGCUGCUGCAGCAGCGGGCGCUGCAGCGAAAUCUCCAAGAAGCCGAGGCUCAGCUGGCGGCGUUGUCGUCCGGGCUGGAGAGCGUGACGGAGCGCGUGGACGCGCUGAAGCAGCAGCUGGGGACGGAGACGCGCGAGGCGGCGGCGAUCGAGCUGCGGCUGGAGGCUGCCACCGCCACCAUCGCGGCCGCCGAGGGGCUGCUGGACAGGCUGGCCGACGAGGACACUGCUUGGGGAAAACACCUGGAACACAUUUCAAAAGAGAUUGGAGAGUUGACUUUGAGAUCAUUACUCGCGGCCGCAUAUCUUAUCUAUUUACCACACCUCACUGAACCCCAAGCUAAAGAAUAUAUAAGUAAAUGGAGUUCGCUAAUAAGUUUCGCCGACACGUCUUUCUCCGUGAUCAACUUCUUGUCAACCGUGGAGAUGCAGUUGAAGUGGGAGGCGGACGGGCUGCCUGCCGACGAGACGGCGAUAAAGAAUGCCGUUGUUAUUACACAGGCGCUAGAACAACCAGCGUGCGGUCUGACGCCGCUGCUGCUGGACCCGGACGGCGACGCGCUGCGCUGGCUGUGCCGCAGUCUGGACUCGCACGAGCUCGUCGCUCACUCCGCGCACAACUUCAGCACCGCCGCUCAGUAUGCGCAAAGACUAAACCGCCCGCUGGUGGUGACGGGCGUACGAAGUUGGUCCGCGGCGCUGGACGGCGCACGGCUGGCGCUGCAGUGUGAACAGCCGCCUAGUUUGCCGCCGCGGUUUGCCGCUCAAGUCGCAAUGGUUAACUUUGCUGCCAGAUUAGACCCGCUCACUGAUCGCUUGGUGAAUCACGCGCUUCAGCAGCAAAAUCCAGAGAUGAAUGAAAAAUGUAAAGAAAUAAAAAUACAGAAAGCUACGCUACAGAAGCAGCAGUACGAACUUCAGGAGAACUUGCUACGUGAAUUAUCAACAAAGAUUGACAUACUGCACGACGCCAACCUCCUCGAAUCGCUCAAACAAACGCGCGCUACAGCUGUCACCAUCAAAGAAGCGCUUCAGGCGGCUGCGGAUUUGCAGCGGUCGAGCUCGGCGGCGGCCGCUAAGUACUGCAGCAGCGCGCGCCGCGCCGCGGCGCUGGCGCUGCGCGUGCGCCGGCUGGCGGCGGCGCGCGCGCUGCUGGCGCUGCCCCUGCAGCCCGUGCUCGACCUCUACGUCGACGCUGUGCGACACGCUGAGUCAAAAGACACAAAGGACGUCAACACCGAGGAAGUAGUAAAGUACUUCACAAGAAGAAUCAUCGAAAGGGUGUUGUUGGCUCUGCACAAGAAAGACAAAUAUACCGUAGUGAUAUAUUUGCUGAAAGAAGUUUACGAAGAAGAUUUCCCGGAGAAGCUUUGGCAGUUGUUUUUGGGUAACGUCACCAUUACUGAUGAUGACAAAGAUAUUAUCAACAAGAUCGAGAAAAGUUACUCGUGGAUUCCUGAAGAAUGUAUCAAGAAUAUUGCACAAAUUAUGCUAACAAGCAAAGUUCUAUUCAAGAAGUUGAACUUAGACGACAAAGCACUAUGGCAAAAUUUCAUCGAAAGCGGCGACCUAUCCUCGCUCGGGCGCUUAGGACUAACCCCACUGGAGACCGCGCUCGCGGCCUCCGCGCUUCGCCCCGACUCGCGGUAUAGGGCUCUUGUGGCCCUGGUCGACCAUUAUCUAGGCAGCAGCGUGAUGCGUUCAUCGGACGUGAUCCAGACCGCGGCGCGACUGGCGCGCACGCGCCGCGUCGUGCUGGCGCUGGGCGCGCACGCGCUCGAUGCGCUCGUCGCGCAUGCGCGCGCUCUCACUAUGAUCAACGUAUCGGAAGGCGCGGCGGCGUGGGAGGCGGCGGUGGAGCGCUGCCGACGCGGCGGCUGGCUGUGCGUGGUGGCGGGCGCGGCCGCGCUCGGCGACCAGCUGCAAAACUUCGUGCUGGAGGUCACUCAGCGCCCGCCUGAAGAUUUUAAUGACGAUUUUCGACUCUGGAUUGUUUCCGAAGAUAGCCAAGUCCCAGCAGUGUUGUCUAAUGUCUGUAUCAAUGUUAUUUUGGAGGCGCCGGAGGGGGUGAAGCGCAAUGUAGUUGGCACACUAUGCGCGUGGGGCGAGUACUCGGCCGAGCCGGCGCUCGUGCGCAUGCACGCGUGUCUGGCGCUGUUCCAUGCGCUGGCGCAGGAACGCCGCGCCUACAUCCCGCAAGGUUGGAGCCAGUGGUACUCAUGGGAGUGGGGCGAGGUGUCGACGUGCGCGGCGCUGUCGCGCUCGUGCUGGGCCCGCCUGGGCCGCGAGGGCGCGCGCGCACUGACGCAGACGCUGUACAGCGCGCGCGUGCCCGCAGCGCGCGACCGCGUGCUGCUGCGCGCGCUCGCCGCCGCCUGCCUCGCCGACGCUGCCUUCGCGCACGACUGGCGCCCCAGGGGGUUGCCGCUUAAACUACCGCUCACCAACGAAUUACAUACUUACGUGUCAGCAUUCGAGGGUUUGCCCGAUAUCGAUACACCACAACUGCUGGGCUUGCCUGCCAACUGCCGCGUCGCUUGGGAGAGGACCGCCGCUGACGAUAUCAUUAUGGGAUUGAAAGAAUUUGAUACCAUCGCAGAUACAAGCAAAAUCACUGGCGGUCCAUCGCCUGUCGCGUCUUUGCGGUCCCUUUGGAAGAAACUCAUGUCUGGUAAUCCUCUCAUCAAGGAAGAUUAUCAGAUUAAAGAUGUGGGCGGUGGUUGGUGGGGGUCGGUGGCUGCCGGCGAGGCUCUGUCCGCGGCCGCGGUCGCUCGCACGCUGCACGCCACGCUCAGCCGGGAAUCUGUGCUUUAUACCGUGCCGGCAGAGUGGCAGACAUUGUGGUCGGGCCCGGCGUCGCCCGCCGCAUAUAUACGAGAGUUUUGUGAGCGUGCGCGUGCCGCGUUACAGCGCAUGCGCGACGUAGAACGCGGCGACCAACUACCUAAAGAGCUGGACCUGCGCCAGUUCCUGCGGCCGUCGCGCGCCGUGUGGUCGCUGCGCGCGCGCGCCGCCGCGACUCUCGCGCGCGCGCCGCGCGACCUCGUGCUGUGCGCCAGCUGGGACUCUGCUGCUGAGGACGACGUGUCGGCGGGGGUGCGGGUGGUGGGCCUGCGCCUGAGCGGCGCGGUGUGGGGGGGGGGCGCCCUCGGCCCCGCGCGCGCGCACCAUGCGCCGCAUGCGCGUGCGCCUGCGCUGCUGCUUAGGUAUCUGCCGCAGUCGUCAGAAUCGCCGCUGGCGCCGGAAGGCACCGUGGACGUGCCGGUGUACACGAACGAAGCGCGCGAGGAGCUGAUCUGCAGCGCGCGCGCACCUCUCGCCGGCGACUUCCCCCGCGACACAGCUCUGCUCAACGCUGUCGCUCUAUUUGUCGCGCCUCUCGACUAAUUCCACCUCUCUCAAUAUUAAUACUAGACAACAACAAACAUGCAGUACAAAAAAUCAAUUACAGGUUCCCGCCGAUAAUAACGGGUACCUAUAAUUACAAGUGCCCUAAGUAUGCAUCACUUUUAAACAAUACAAAGUAUGUACACAUCUUAGUGAUAAGCAAUCCACCGAAAGCCCGUUAUCUAGCUCCGAGCCUCGUGCCUCUCGAGUCUGUCUACCCCGUAAGGGAUUAAGAAGUAUAUAACCUCUGUCAUAAAAAUGUGGCUGUCAUUUAUAGAUUUUUAUUUCCAAAUCAAUUAAUUCAGUCAUAGUAGUAGAUUACCAUUAAUUAUGUUACAUGAAAUGAAAUACGAUAUGUUUGUGUGCCUGUGUGAUGCAACUUAUUUUAGAAAAAUACGUGUAUUGUAUUGUAAUUGAUUUUGCAAUGUCUAAAUAGUAAGUUCUUCGUUAAUAAAUUAAACCCAAAUUUCAA